UUUGUUUCUCUGCACGUUCUUGAAUUUUGAGGAAAGUUUUCUUCUGUGUCUCUGGAUUUUGUGAAGUCAGUAUUCAAACAAGGGAGGCUGCAAUGGUCAGUCUUCAGAUAUAGUCCAUCUACACCUUUAUCCAUCUUCCCUUCUGUUUUUUCAAAACAUGAGUGGUAAAUUCCACUGCAAAACCUCUAGAUUCUCUGCUUCUUCUGUUGCCUCAAAAGCCUUGAUUUACUGAUAUUUCCACAACCAAAAAGAUUAAAUCUUUGCUCACCAUACAAUUCAACAACCCAAAGCAGCCUACUCUCUCCAUUCAAGAACCCAAAAUUCAACUGCAAAAACCUCUACAUUCUCUAAUUCUUCUGUUGCCUUCAAAAGCCUUGAUUUCUUGAUAUUUCUACAAUAAAAGAUUGAAUCUUUGCUCUCCAUUCAAGAACCCAAAAUAGCCUACUUUCUUUCUUCAAGAACCACCGAUGGCUGAUAUCACCAACGCGGACCGCCACGUCGUUGCUGCUUCGUAUCACCUGAUGAAGGCCCUUCAAGCAACCAAGCUCAUGAGCAGUGAUGUGAGGGGGAUUUUGGAAAAGCUCGACUUCCAUUUGUCGACAAUGAUCAAGCUCAAUGAAGAUGAACCGGAUGGGGAUAUCAUCACAGAGCUCAAAAAGAGGCUCAUCUCGUCCCGCGAAACCAUCACAAAUCUGCACUCAAGCCAUUCGCAGAUCUGGGCUUCCGGCCCCGUGAUAAUCUUGGAAUACUUGGAAGCAGUCGGCGAGGUGCAGAGGUCGAUUGAGGCUCUUGAAGGUAUGCCGUUGAGUCGAAUGAGUAAUAGGGUUCUUGAUCAAGCAAAAACUACUCUGCAUAUGGCUAUGGACAGGCUCCAAAAUGAGCUGGUCCACAUACUUGUGCAGAACAAGCAGUGUUUCGAGCAUAAAUACCCGGUUUUCGAAGUGUAUCCCAUAUACGAGGAGUCUGUCAUCUCCAACGAAGAUGAUUCGGUCGAGGACGCGUCUCUCAAGGGCCGUAGCAGCUCAGAGACCGAGGAUUGCGCGAUGGAUCUGAUCCAUCCCGAUGUGGUUCCUCAAAUCAAGUCCAUCGCGGAUACAAUGUUUGCCUCGGGCUAUGCUCAGGAGUUCUGUCUGCCCUUCACCGCGUUCUGGAAGGAAGUAUUAGCGGAGUACUCGAUGAUUCUCUACGUGGAGCAGCUUAGCAUAGAAGACGUGAAGCGGAUGGAGUGGAAGCACUUGAACUCGAGGAUCAGGAAAUGGCGUGUGGCGAUGACGAGAAUCAUCGGCGUCUAUCUUGGCAGCGCGAAACGGCUGUUCGACCAAGUUCUUGGAGAUUAUGACCAGGUCAGCACAGCUUGCCUGAUCGAGGCUUCAAGGGGGCCUCUCUUCUGUCUCUUGAAUUUUGGUCAAGCUGUGUUGAUUGGACCCCACGAGCCCGAAUGGCUCUUCUGCUUGCUUGAUAUGUAUGAGGUUCUAGCUGAUCUCGUCCCGGAUCUGGACACUCUGUUCUCACAAGAGACGGAGUCGUUGAUCAGGAUCGACUUCCACGAGCUUCUGUUGCAGCUAGGAGAAUCUGUUAGAGUCAUCCUCAAUGAGUUUGGAAACCGCAUUGCAACUUGCACUUCCACAACCCCUUUCCAAAAUGGAGGGAUUCAUCCCCUAACAAAGUACGUUGCCAACUACAUCUUGUGCUUCGCUGAAUACGAGGAUACGCUUCCUUUGCUUCUUCAAGAUCAAGAACACGGCAGGGAGAGUGGAGACGAAGAGCAAAACAUGGAUGCCGAGGCAGAUCCCUAUCCAGCUCGUGCCUUGGCAACGUACCUGCAGUCACUCACAUCAAUUUUAGAAGCAACCUUAGACAAGAAGUCGAGUUUAUACAGAGAUUCAUCAUUGAAGCAUAUCUUUUUGAUGAACAAUAUCCACUACGCAGUUGAGAAGAUCAAGAAUUCCAAAAUCAGCCCCUACUUUGGUGAUGAGUGGAUCAGAAAACACUAUGUGAAGCUCCGGCAGCAUGCAAUGUAUUACCAAAGAACGACGUGGAGUUCUUUACUGACCUUUCUCCAUGACGAUGGGAAAGUCGGGAAGGCAACUCUAAAGGCGAGAUGCCAAGAUUUCAACACUGCUUUUGAGGAUCUGUACAAGAGCCAGACAAGAUGGGUUGUCCCAGAUCCUCAACUCCGCGAAGAUGUGAGGAUAUUAGCUUCCAAGACGGUCAUCCAACCGUAUCGCAACUUUGUCAGUAAGAUCAGCAAUUCUAUUGGCGAAAAGCACAUCAAGUACACCGAACAGGAGCUGGGUGUGUACAUAAUGGAUCUUCUUGAAGGCUCAUCGAAGUCAUUGAGCCAUUCUUGGAAAAGGGGACACGGAUGAUUUCAAAUGCGUUCAUUCUUCCUAGUUUUUACUAUUCUUUUGUUUGUUGUUCUGUAGUAUGUAUGCCUUCUCAGUUUCUAACGUUCCAAACUUUGUAACGUUAGCUGUACAAUAUACGUGUUAACACCCUCCCAUAUGUAGCAUAAUCAUAUUCUAUCAACAAAAGAUUUGUAGAAAAAUAACAGCAUAGAGUUACCAUCAUGAGCUUACUCUCGAUAUGCUUCUGAAUGAGAUGGCCAUCUGACUAUCGUUGUGCUCCGUUCCCAAUCAAGUCUGCAACAUGUAAUAUUUUAUCUGUCGUGUGUUCGAAAACAGAAUUCAUCAAAAAAACAUAGAAACGAGUGAAGAAUUUCGCACUCUUCCAACAUAGCAGAGAAACCAUCAUUGUCAAAUUUACGAGCCUGAAAAUAUAAAUCCAUUUACCAUUUACUAGCAGUAUCAAGUUAUGAGUAGAAGGUAAGAUGUAUUAGCAUGUCGGUUAACUUCUUAACGGCACUCUUAAAGCAAGCAAAAGUUCCAAAGUUUUCAUUCCUAGUUUUCUCAAAUCGGAUUUUUCCGUACCAUUCUGUAACUUAAGUCUGUGCAUCGCCAUGACACAAUUAUCAGUCUUCUGCAAUACGGGAGUCAAUAAAAAAGGAGCCGUUAGGAAGAGACGAAGAGUAUGCAGCAGCUGUGAAAUAUACCUCAACAAAAAAGAAUUUAGAAAGUGUGGUACCGUGUCUAGAGCAAUUUCACCGGCCCUGCCUUUUGAAGCAUGUCUGAGUAUGAUAAAAAAAAAAAACCUACUACAGUACUAUAUUUAAUGCACAUUAAUAUCACCAGAAAACAUGCAAAAGACUCUCAAUGUAUGCCAAACUAAUUCAUGGAUGAGAGUGAUCCAGCACUUUGUGAUUCUGUUAACCGUCCAAGAUUGACCGUUACAUUUCAAUGUCAAGGAAGAUAUAUCAAGAGGGACUCACGACCAUUCACAUCAGGAAGAUAUUAUCACCAUAAAAUUUGCUCAAAGAAUGUGCAUGGGACCAUAAAAUUUCUUGUAUCUCAGCUCCCUUGUAAUGGAACUGGUCAUUUAUAAUGAGAAAAACCCGAGCUACAUAUGCUAAUUUAAACAUAUGGUAUGCUUAAACAAUAGAUUUUCAUACAGCAUUUAUAUACUUCAUUGACUGAAACAUGAGCAAAACAAACAAGAGAAAUGGUCCUCCUUCAGAAGAACGUGCCUCGAAUUAUACACACUGUGCACGACGCCAUGACCCUACUGGUCCUCAGUACCCAGAUUGAACUUUUCACAACAUUUAUAGCAUUUAAUGCAAAAAGGGUAUAAAUAACAUUUUGUAAAGGGUAGUUGGUGCUAGAAGUGCCCCAACCACAUGAUUAUGAAAGUGCAAGCCAUGGCAUUUAAUGCAAUAAAGUUACAAGUGGUAAGUUAUGCAUACUCUGCUGCUAAAAAUACUUGGAUACACUGAUGCAGUUAUCAAAGCAGUUCAAAACAGCUAAUAAAAUGAUGUACUCGUGCAAAAGAAGGAUUAGGAUUGGAACUGAGAAGCAAUAGAAACAUUUACUGGCCUCUUAGUGUUCACUGUGUCAUCAUAUGUGGCCUUAGUAUAUUUAUACACAUGGUCACUUUCGGAAUGUUGAGAUCCCAAUGAUGCUUGGUAUUGGGGCUUGGCAUCUACCAAGAUCGCGUUGAUCCAGUCUCAGGCCCAACAUAUAUUUGCGUGAAGGUAAAGAAAAUUCAAACAGGGCUUAAUUAGAGUUUUACAAAAGAGGAAUUUCACAUUCUUCUAACUUCACAUUGUUCAACCUUCAACUAAAGAUAUGGUUAUCUUGUAACAGCUGAUGCCUAUGAGAUAGAGAUACUCGAGUAAAAUGCAAAUGAGUUCUCGAGAGAGGGAAGAAGAAAACACAAAUUUGGAUCUUUCACAAUGUCAACAAGAGGGGGAGAAAUGAUGAGAAAUGAUGGAUAUCACAACAAUGUCAACAAGAGGGGGAGAAAUGAUGAGACAACCUGCCACUAAGUUUAGUAUUUUACUA